AAACAUGGUGAAUAUAUAAAAUUGGAAGCAAAAAAAUCCAGAAGAGGAAGCGUGGUGGUUUUUGCUCCGUCGCUGCCGUAAGUUGGGAGUUAACAGUGGCAACUAAAUUCACCAAAAUGUCACUUCUUAAUCAACUCUUUAACAGAGGCGUUUUUUCCACUCGAUGCAAAACAUGUCUGAACCUGGCGAUUUCACGCAUGAAGUUGUUACAAAACAAGAGAGAUGUUCAACUGAAACAAAUGCGCAAGGAGAUAUCUCAAUUUUUGCAGGCUGGCCAAGAGCCGAUUGCUAGGAUUCGGGUGGAGCAUAUCAUACGAGAACAAAAUAUAUGGGCUGCAUAUGAAAUAUUGGAGUUAUUCUGUGAAUUUGUCCUUGCACGUGUUCCUAUAAUUGAGAGCCAGAAGGAAUGCCCCCCGGAAUUGCGAGAAGCCAUUGCAAGUAUAAUUUUUUCUGCUCCUAGAUGUUCUGAUAUACCAGACUUAUUGCACAUCAAGAACUUGUUUACUACUAAAUAUGGAAAAGAAUUUGUCUCUGCAAUAUCUGAACUUCGUCCGGAUUCAGGCGUGAACCGCACAAUAAUUGAAAAGCUUUCAGUUAGUGCUCCAUCUGGAGAGGUAAAACUCAAGGUAUUGACAGAUAUUGCAGAAGAAUACAAUCUUGCAUGGGACUCUUCUAAAACUGCAGCAGAAUUUAGGAAAAAUCAUGAAGAUCUCCUGGGUGGAUCAAAGCAAGUUGGUGUUGGAGCUGCAGUUUCUCACUCUCCCAGCAAAAACAGUUCUAAUAAUUCAUCAGCUCGUAUCACAGAACAUUCUAUCAAAUCAAUGCAUGAUAAACAAGAACAUGUACACGUUGAAGCGUCCAUCCCUUCCAACAAUAAUUCUUGGCUGAUCACCAACGAAAUUGAGAACAAUAAUAACAAUGUCCACGUUAAAGAUGCUAAAAGUGAGACUAUAUUCAACCCCUCGGAUAUAUUAGAGAAGGCUCGGGCUGCCAUUGCUUCAGCAGAUCGUGCAACUGCAGCUGCUCGUGCCGCAGCGUCACUUGUCCAUACUAACUUUGGAUCAUUGAAGCUGGAAGGUGAAUCUUCAUAGUUAUCUAAAUCGAUGAACUCUGCUUGGUAUCCAAGAUCUUCAAUAUGUGCGUGGAUUGUUUUGUUAACGCAACAAAAGGUAAAGUCAAGUUCUCUGAUGGUAACAAUAGGAACCUCGUACACAGCUAAGAUCAAUGCUGGGGGAAAGAUCAUGACUGAUGGAGAAAGCUACUUUGGCAAGCGUAAACAUUCGGUUUAUGUCUUCGUUUUGGCUUGUUGAGCUAAUAUAUUAUAACUUGGAAGUGUAUGUUGAGCUAAGGUUUUAGUAGUCAUGUGUGGUAUUUUGCAUAUUUGAAACAUUUCAGAAACUACUAUGAUCAUCCCAUGAACUUGUUACCUUAUUACUAUUAAUUUUUUCCUUGCA